UGGAGACACACCCACCCUCCAACCAAAAUGCUUUUUCUACAGAACUUUGUACCACCAUUAGGCCAUUGAAGAUAGAGCCACAAUACCAACUUACCAAGAUUUAUCAAAUCCGAACACAACUCAAAACAAAAGGGAAAAAACAAAGGCAAAAUAAAAAAGCAGAACUCUGUGCUUUGGGGACUGCAAGUGCAAGCUUGCUCGCAACUCUCAAAGCUGUAUAGUGAAAAAAAAUUCCUCUAAACUCUGCUUAUUACCCACUUACCCCAGAACCCCAAAAACACAUGCUCUCCUAUUUCCUUUGCCUUCCUCAUCAUCACUUCCACCAAGGCUAUCUCCACCUUUUCCGUCUUCUUCUUCUUCUUCUUCUUCUUCUCAAUCGUCCUUCAACGUCUCUUUCUUCUCUCUUCUUCUUUGAAUUCGGAGGUUUUCUUGAUCUGUGCAAUUCAGGUAGCUUCCAAACAUGAUCACGUUGACGGACUUCUACCAUGUCAUGACCGCAAUGGUGCCACUUUACGUGGCCAUGAUUUUAGCUUAUGGCUCGGUGAAAUGGUGGAAGAUCUUCUCUCCUGAUCAGUGCUCAGGCAUCAACCGCUUUGUCGCUCUCUUUGCCGUUCCCCUCCUCUCUUUCCACUUUAUCGCCUCUAACGACCCCUAUGCUAUGAAUUUUCGCUUCAUAGCUGCUGAUACUCUCCAAAAAAUCAUAGUACUCAUAGUACUAGCAGUUUGGACCAAGGUAAGCAAAAAGGGUUGCUUAGAAUGGACCAUCACCUUAUUUUCUCUCUCUACCCUUCCAAAUACGUUGGUCAUGGGCAUCCCUUUACUUAAAGGAAUGUAUGGAGAGUUUUCAGGAAGCUUGAUGGUGCAAAUAGUCGUCCUCCAAUGCAUUAUCUGGUACACUUUGAUGCUUUUCAUGUUUGAAUAUAGAGGUGCCAAAAUGCUCAUCUCGGAGCAAUUUCCAGACACUGCUGGCUCUAUUGUUUCAAUCCAUGUCGAUUCAGAUAUCAUGUCACUUGACGGUAGACAACCUCUAGAAACUGAGGCUGAGAUCAAAGAAGAUGGUAAGCUCCAUGUUACAGUGAGAAAAUCUAAUGCCUCAAGAUCAGAUAUUUUCUCAAGAAGGUCCCAAGGUUUAUCUUCAACAACACCACGCCCUUCAAAUCUGACCAAUGCUGAGAUAUACUCUUUGCAAUCAUCAAGAAACCCAACGCCAAGAGGCUCAAGCUUUAAUCACACUGAUUUCUACUCGAUGAUGGCUGGGGGACGCAAUUCAAAUUUUGGUGCUGCAGAUGUUUACGGGUUGUCUGCCUCUCGUGGACCAACUCCGAGGCCAUCCAACUAUGAGGAGGAUGGUGCAGCCACCGGUAAGCCAAGGUUCCAUUACCACGCGCCAGGUGGUGCAGCCCAUUAUCCCGCUCCUAAUCCGGGUAUGUUCUCGCCGACUGGGUCUAAAGGUGUCGGUGCUAAUGCUAAUGCAAAGAAGCCUAAUGGUCAGGCUCAGCAAAAGUCUGAAGAUGGUGGUAGGGAUCUUCAUAUGUUUGUUUGGAGUUCGAGUGCUUCUCCUGUAUCCGACGUCUUUGGUGGCCAGGAAUAUGGAGCUAGCGACCAGAAAGAAGUUAGAUUGGCUGUUUCCCCUGGGAAAGUGGAAGGGCAUAGAGAGAAUCAUGAGGAGUAUAUGGAGAGAGAUGACUUCAGCUUUGGGAACAGAGGAUUGGACAGAGAAAUGAACAACCACGAAGGUGACAAAGUGGGGGAUGGCAAGCCCAAAACUAUGCCUCCAACAAGUGUCAUGACAAGGCUGAUUCUGAUCAUGGUUUGGAGAAAGCUUAUCAGAAAUCCCAACACUUAUUCAAGCUUAAUAGGACUCACUUGGUCUCUAAUCUCAUUCAGGUGGAAUGUACAAAUGCCUGCCAUCAUAGCAAAGUCCAUUUCCAUUCUGUCAGAUGCAGGCCUUGGCAUGGCCAUGUUCAGUCUUGGUCUGUUCAUGGCUUUGCAACCAAGGAUCAUAGCAUGUGGAAAUUCCGUUGCAGCUUUUGCUAUGGCUGUGAGAUUCCUUACAGGUCCAGCUGUCAUGGCAGCCGCUUCCAUUGCUGUUGGGCUUAGGGGCGUUCUUUUACACGUUGCCAUUGUACAGGCAGCUCUCCCACAAGGGAUUGUCCCCUUUGUCUUCGCCAAGGAAUACAACGUACACCCUGAUAUUCUCAGCACAGCUGUUAUCUUCGGGAUGCUCGUUGCAUUGCCCAUAACGCUUGUCUACUACAUUUUAUUGGGGGUGUGAAGGGUGGCUAACGUAUCAAGAGAUUGUGGCAUCAAUGCGAAAGCCCUAUGGGGUCAAGAGAUGCAAAGCAGAACCCCUCAUUCAAAAUUCAAAGGACAAAAGAAAUCGAGGAGCGGUGCUGAUGAAUGAUUAAUCUUCCUUAUGAAAUGUCUUUCUUUCUCUUUUUUUUUUUUGUAGCAAAAUUUGUAAAAUCUUAUUUGUAGUCAAAUUAUAUAAAAAAAAAUGUUUUUCUAGUUAAUCAUAAGUUUGAGUUGUCAUUC